UAUGCAUACUGUUCAUGCGUUCAACGGUCGUCGCAGACUUUUUGCUACUGUUGGCAGCGCAAAACCCGGUCAGGCUACGAAACUUGUUCUAUCUGGCGGUCGAUUCGAAUCUGUUUGCAGACGAUGUCGUGAACGUGUGGGAAGACAUUGUUACCAGGACCCCUACACUGACUGAUGUCAUAAAAAACAAUCUACGGGUAUUGAUUCCGCAUCCACAGCAGGUGCCAGUUAAACUUCGUGAUCGUGGACUGUUCACUCAGAAGGUUGAACUCGAAUUCUUGCUUGACGCCUCACACCAAGCAAUAGAAGUUAAUCGGCAGCGUAACAUCCAUGUCGGACUUU